AAGUUGAUUUAUACAUUUUCUAUUUUCUUUUCAUAUAUCAUUUUCUAUCAUCUUUCUUCUUGGUCUUGGUCUUUAACAUGUUAAACAAACUAGAUCAUUUACUUGAAUGAUUUGAGAAUUCAGGUUCAUGAGAAUAGUGUUGGAAAUGAAAUUGUGAACAGUUAAAAUGAACAAAGUUUGCAUAACUUCUCUACAAAUACAAUCAAGUGUGUGAAGAUUCUAUCUAUGUUCAUUGUUCAUCUUCAAACAUCAGAAUACUACUCAGAAUCAUUGUUCUUCAAUUUAUCGCACUAAAUGAGGAAAUCCCUAGUUAUCGCCUUUUCGAUAACUAUAUGCUUCAUUGCCUUUGUGAUAUCCAAGAUUAUAAUCUCAAUCCUUCUCUACAAAAGAUGGAGAAAAAAGCAUUUGAUUUAUGAAGAAGGUUAUGGAGGAGGGAAGAUGGUGAUAUUUAGGUCUUCAAUCCUUAAAUCAUUAACAGCUGAUAUGGUGUUGAAGAAGACACAGAAACUGAACAACAAGGACAUUAUUGGUUCUGGUGGUUAUGGUGUAGUUUACGAACUAAAACUGAAUGAUUCCGCGGCCUUUGCUGUGAAAAGACUGAACCGCGGAACUGCAGAAAGAGAUAAAGGUUUUGAGAGAGAGUUACAAGCAAUGGCAGACAUAAAACAUCGCAAUGUUGUGACUCUACAUGGAUAUUACACUGCACCACACUACAAUCUUCUCAUUUAUGAGUUAAUGCCUAAUGGAAGUUUGGAUACCCUUUUGCAUGGGAAAUCAAAGAACAAGAAGGUUUUGGAUUGGCCAACCAGACACAGAAUAGCUGUAGGUGCGGCAAGAGGAAUAUCAUACCUUCACCAUGACUGUAUCCCUCACAUUAUCCACAGAGACAUCAAGUCAAGUAAUAUAUUGUUGGAUCAGAAUAUGGAAGCUCGAGUUUCGGAUUUCGGAUUAGCCACAUUGAUGGAACCAAACAAAACUCAUGUUUCUACAAUUGUUGCUGGCACUUUUGGAUACUUGGCUCCAGAAUAUUUUGAUACCGGAAGAGCAACAGUGAAAGGGGAUGUUUAUAGUUUUGGAGUUGUGUUACUUGAGCUUUUAACAGGAAAGAAACCAAGUGAUGAAACAUUUAUGGAAGAGGGAACGAAACUUGUCACAUGGGUGAAAUCUGUAGUUCAAGAGAAGAAAGAGGAAUUAGUUCUUGAUAGUAGCUUAGGGUCAUGUCCAAUGCAUGAGGUCAACAAGGUGUUCAACAUUGCAAUGAUGUGUCUUGAACCAGACCCUUUGAAUAGACCAACCAUGGCCGAGGUUGUCAACUUGCUCUAUAAAACACAAACAGAUAGACUUGCUACAGAAUCCUGAUGUUCAUUCAAAUUCCUUCGUCGAAAGCUUCUCAAAAACCUGGCAGCAAAGCUAGACACCAACAAGAAAAAUCUGUUUCCUCCUAAUUGAGCAGAUGAAAUCAUGCUCAGAAGGGAAAAAUCUAUGAAGCACAGACACCUCUGAUUUUAGGCGUGUAUUCGUGUCCAACAUGUGUUGGUGUUUUUGACAUUAGCAGUAUCAAUGUGUAUGUGUUGUGUCAGAUGUAAGGUAUAUGAGGAGAUCUUGAGAUUUAAGAGGAGUUUUUCCUUCCAACCUUCUUCGGAAAACUUUCUUCAUUUAUAAAGUGUUAGAGAGAAGUUAAUGUGCACUUUGACAUUGUUACAUUACAAUCAACCGAGUUGAAUAUGUCAGGAUCCUACAAGGCAACAAUAGAUGUAGCUUUGAUCUGCAAAGAACAUGCAUGCAUACUACUGGAUAAGAGUGUUUCUUUCUAACAGAAAUAAUAGUGCAUCCAAACAGGUCGACACGUUUUCCAAAUCGUGUAUUAUUUCAAAUAUUUUAGAUCAUUAUAGAAUAAAUACAUGAACCAAGAUUAGAUCAUUAGAAAAUAAAUACUAGAGCUAAGUUACAGCUUACAAUUAUACAUAAGGCACACAUGACACAUUGGUUGACCAUGAGAUUUUCGCAUGAGAUGUUGAUUUUGUUUUACUUGAGUACUUUUGACAAGCUUUCAGCCACUGAAGCUUUCAAAGAAGGAGAAACAGGACUAUCUCCAAGGAAUACAUCAAAAAGAGCAUAACUCACAUUAGCAGAUUCAAUCGUUGCAUCUAUGUUAGAUGGAACCCCCGUUGACGAAACCGAAACCUGAAUUCGCAAAAAAUUUAGUUGGAAACCAUUUUACGCAAUAUAGCAAAAACUGAAAGGAUGGAAUAUAAGCGGAAAAAUAAAACUUACAAGCAAUUUGGUAGGGUUCAACCAAGUCAAAAAAAUGAAAGUUCCUUUCUUAAGGGGGCGAUCUUGAAAGACACUACGGAAAGUGGUCAAUGCAGUUUCAUCUGCAUUUGUUGGUUUUGCAAUUCUUGGUGAUAUGGCAUCACUUAAGGCAUCCCAGAAAGUUUUACCGUCAACGUCUCUCACAAGAAUAAUUUGCAACAAUUUCUCGAGGGGUGCUGCAAUUAGAAAAUAGCAUUUGCUUAUCAACUUAUUCUCUAAAUUAGUGUUGUCAAACAACGGCUAUAGCUCUGCAAUAGCCAUGAGGAAUUUGAGCAAAUCCCGAUUGUUCUGCAAUACUCGAUUUAGUAUGUUUUUUUUCAAAUAGCGCUGUAGCUUAGCAGAACUUGAACAAACCGUUAACAUCCGCAAUUGACAACACUGUGAGAGUAUUUUCAAAUGGAAUAAAUGAAUACUUAAUUGUUACAUUGGAAAAUGGUCUUGAACAAGGAAGAGUUCCCUUGAAUCGCAUCUUUCGAUUGCCCUUUCCAAGCAUUCAAUUCACUUAUUGUAGACUGGUUUAGAUAGAGUCCUGCAGCAUAGACUUUGACUCCAAUAAUC